AUGGGCCACCUCCUUGUUCGCCUCUUCGAUGUGUAUCAGCAGCGCUCUCACUGCACCUCCUCUAAUCUCCCUCUGUCUCACACACAUCUGAGUGUGGAGCUGAAGGGGUUAAACUGGUCGGCUGUGCUGAAUAUGGAGCUGGUGAACUUUGUGCUGCUGCUCGUGUUGGUGUUGAGUGAAGCUGCAGCUCUGCCAUCCUGCAUCUGGACACACACCAGACUCAAAACACUGAACAAGCAGAGCAAUGAGCUGCUGAAGAACAUGGGUGGUCACAUGCCACUGGAGUGCUUGGAAAGAAAUAAUAACUCCUUUCCAAAGGGUGUGUUCGUUCAAGCUCAGGAUGAAGACCUGGUCUUGGUGGCUCUUGAGACUCUGAAAGGAGUUGAGAAAAUCUUCAAAAACAACAAAGCGUCAGUGACGUGGGACAGAGAGAAAGUGUCUCGCUUCACCAAUCUGAUAAACAGACAAGUGGAGAAGCUGCAGGAAUGUGUCGGGAAAAAGGUCCAGAGAGCGAUGGAGACACCUGCGGAGAGCAGCACUCAUACACUGAGGUCCUAUUUUCAGAAGCUGGAGGAACGACUGAAAGAGAAGGAGUUCAGCUCAUGUGGAUGGGAGAUGGUGAGAACUGAGCUUCAGGAUGGUCUCAAGGAGUUUCAGACUUUUCUACACAGCAGGAACUGA